AUGUUGGAUAGAUUUCAAAGUGUGAACCUGCUUUACAAAAUAGCUUCCUUUGAGACCUAUGACCGUGAUACCAUUUUGGACAAAAAUUUCAAAUGGAAGGGAAUAGAUCAUGCCAUGAGAAAAAUUCUCUCAGGUUACUUUGAGAAAAGGAGCCAAAAGGAACUGUACAGCAAGGGUACCUUAACCCUCGAGGAGGCUGCAGCAAUAGUAAUUAUGUUGUUCCACAAAAUCCUAGGAGUAGCUCUUUUUGUGCUGUCAUGCUGUGCCCAAGGUAAACCUGCAGGAAAUCCUCCAUUGCCUAGUUUCAGACACCUGACUGUAGAUGGCAUAGAUGAAGGAUUUAUACCAGGUUUCAGACCACUGGUUGAUAACGAAAUGGAAGACAUUAUCCAUCAGCUAGAACAUCGGAUUUCCAGACUUGAAGGAGAUAGGAGAAUAACAGCAUCUGGAGGAAAAAUAUUUGCUGCCAAUGGGGAAAAAAAAAAAUCUUAUUUCCAUAAUACACUGAAAAAAUGUGAAGAGGCUGGAGGGUCUAUUGCCAUUCCAAGGAACCUUGGCAAGAAUGAUGCCAUUCUGUACUUUGUGAGAAGUUUUAAUACCUACACCUACCUGGGGAUACAGGAAUCUCUAACUCCAAGGAAAUUCCAGUUCCUGGAAUAGCUCUGUACACAGCUGAGCUAUACUAACUGGCAUUUAAAUGAACCUUCUGGGAAAGGGGAAGAGGAACGUGUGGAAACGUACACUGAUGGCACUUGGAAUGACAAAAGGUGCAACAAGAAUCCCCUUGUUGUCUGUCAGUUUUAG